AUUAAAUUUAAAUAAUUUUUAGAAAUUUUAUUACAUUUUUCAAGGCAGAGACAAAGCAACAAUUAUUUAACUAUCGAGUCUUUUUAUAUUAAUAAAAUUUCAUAUAUUGACUUAAAUACUUUUAUUAAUAAAUUAAUCAAAGUGAUAUUAAUUGACGUAUGCCAAAAAGUUGUGAUAAGAUAUUAAGUUUAGCAAACAACAACAAAAAAAUCGACAAUCACUAGCAUCUAUCAUUUCAAAUGGUUAUUAAAUUUUUUGAGGUCAUUUUCACGGUCAUUUUAAUCACCAAUCAAGUUAUUGCUUAUUUUGUUCAGGAUCAGCCAAAAAAUACUGGAAAGGCUUACAAUGAAAAAUUUAACGAUUUUCUUCAAGUAAAGUUGCGUGAAAUAAUGAGAAAUGGUGAUAAAGAUUUAGAAAUACCUGUAAUUGAUCCUUAUGUUGGCGAUGAUGAAAUUAUUAAAAAUGAUGAUAAUAGCGAACCCUUUGUAUUUAUUGUGAGAUUAAAUAAUUUUAAUGUUGAAAAAUUAUCAAUGUAUAUCAUUGAAAGUUCGAAUUUAAAGAUAUUUCCAUUUCCUGUUUCGAUUUCAAUUAAAAUUACAUUACCAGAAAUAAUUUCAAGUGGUUUAUAUCAAUUGGAUGGUGUUGCUUUUAAAGGCGUUUCAUUUUACGGUAAAGGAAAGUUUAAAUUUAUUGCAAAAAAUAUUUCGAUUUCCGUUGUAACAAAUAUUACAAUUACCGGUGGUAUUCGGAUCCAGUCUCUUGAUCUCAAAAUUUCACUCGACAAAAUAGAUUUUAAAGCAACAGGAAUUUUCUAUGACGAUAAUACAUCGGUUAUUCUCAGUCAAGUAAUAUCAGAUGUUUUACCGGAAAUAGUAACCGUUUAUUAUCAUGACAAUAUAACGGCAAUAGUUUCUCAAAAAUUAAUUAAUGUGGUUAAUGAAAAACUUGACGGUAAAACCUGGAAAGAUUUACUCAAUUUCAUUAAUUUAUUGAUUUAAUUAUAAAUGACUUAAUUAUUUUUAGUUAUAAUUUAGAGUUUUAGACUUUGUAAAAAAAAUUAAAAUUGAAAUAAAUUAAAAUUUAUUUAAUUAGAUAUUUAUUACGAUCUAAUCGAAAUUUCGUAAUACAUUUCGUAAUAAUUUAUUUAAGACAAUUAAACAUUUUAAUAAUUAUUAUUUAAAUUUACAAUGUAUCUAUGUUGUUGCUAUUUUAA